AUGGCGGUCCUGAAGCUUCUCGCUUUGGUUAAGGGGAAAACAGGAAAGGGAAUACGUUCUUCCUUGUUAGAUCGUGACUUCAGUUUAUUUUCGUUCUUGGAUCUUGCUGCUUCCCCUUUGGUUACCCUUAGUGGAAAAUCAGGGAAUCGGCCUUCGAGAAAGACGGAAACUGUUACCGCGGCCACGGUCGAGAAAAAAUCGGCCCUGGUUAAAAGGGUUAAAACUGCUGUUCGGGCCGUGCCAACCAAACGACCUCGCCGAGAGGCCGAGCCGGCCAUCGAGCCUCCGCCGCCUGCCAAGCGGGUAAAACAACUAGCAAAGAAGGGCGCACGGGAGAUCCAUGUCAUCUCCAGUCAAACUACAGGGGCGACAACUCCCAGUGUUUCCCCUUCUCCCGCCGUUGUUCAACCCUCGAUCGAGAAACAGCCUGCCCCGGCCGCAGAGACAGGUCGACCGCGACCUGUCUCUGGGGCUGGUACACCAGUUCUGCCUCCCUCCGUCGAGGAGGCACCUAUUCCAAAAAUGGUGGCCUCUGCGACCAAGGGAGCAGCCCCUGAAAAUCCAAAACCCUCGGUCUUCAUCCUGGAAGAGAGUGAAGGGAGCGAUGAGGUCCCGCUGGCAGAUCGCCCUCACUCUCGUCGGCAACCUCCCCCAAAGUCAGAGAUGGUGGUUCAAGCCGGUCCCUCCACGGCUGAUCGUGGCAAGCGCCCAGUCGAGGAGCCGACGGCGGCGGCCGAUCCCCUUGCUCCUUCCCAGGAUCAAGAUGUUCCUGCCUCAUUCGAAACGGCCGUUCAGGUCGGCCCAUCUGCAGCCGACCGCGGCAAACGUUCACUCGAGGAACCCGAGGCGACGGCGGAAUCGCCCGUCCAUCCUCAAGACCAGGGCUUCCAUAUCCCUCCACAGGAUGUUACCUCGGCCUUCGUUUCGUGGGAGGUCGAAUUCAAAGCCCUCCUCUCCAGCACAACUGCAGAGUCCGGCCCUUCGGCCGCUCCAACUGAAGCUGCUGAUCCAAACGCUUUAACCCAGCUGCGGGAGUUUUGUCGCUCUCCGCGUCCCAAGUGCUAG